GCGAGCCAGUCUCUCCCGCGCCUUUCAUCGCGCGGCUGCAAUCCGCGUGUCAGUUCGAAAGCAACCGCGGACAAUACCUGGCAACUGGUCGGCCGGUCUUGCCGAUCUCGCAGUGAUAUCUUCGCGACGUUCAUUCGAGAUCCGAAGCGCGUGGGACACACAAUUGCUCCGGAAACCGUAGAAAUGUGACGCGCGCGCGUAUGCUAGUGAUUCGGUGAAAUCCGGCUGAAAUUAUCGGAAUUAUCUUCGUAUAUUGACAGUGAUCGACAAAUCUCUCUCAGAUGAAACUUAUUAAUAACGUUAUAAGAAGAUAUCAUUAUAUAAAAAUUAAAUAUUGAAAGACUUGAAAAAUAUCUAGUGACAAAAGACAGAUGUGCGUUUGGACGAUGAGAAGAAAUGUGCGUGUUAUACUAUCGCGAGUGAGUGCAGUACGUUGAUGUAGCUUCUCUUCUCGAACGUUCGGUAUCAAUGUCAUCUGAAGAAACACGCUAAACGUCAACGACGAAUUUCAUACGAAAGAUGCGAAACGGCGGGCAAACGGCGCAACAAACGGCGGUGAUGACGCCGCCGCAUCUGAACGGUUCGGCGCAGUUCAUCUCGGGUGGUUACAUGACGGCAGGAUACCUGCCACGUCAAUCCUGGAGUCAAUUCCAGCCUGCGCCGCAACAUCCGACCAGGAGCGGCGGCAGACCCCUGUCACUACCGCCGCCCCCGCCGCCCUCCAGACGGGAUAACCAGAGAUUUUGCAACGGAGGUCCGGUCAAUGCUAAAAACACAUCUCUGCCGCAUCCCAGAGCAGCGACCCACAGGAGUACCACUCCCUCGAAGGUGGAUCCAGAGCUGAUAUUUACGAAACAGGAGCGAAUCGGAAAGGGUAGCUUCGGCGAGGUUUUCAAAGGUAUCGACAAUAGGACCCAGCAAGUCGUGGCCAUUAAGAUCAUCGAUCUCGAAGAGGCGGAAGAUGAGAUUGAGGACAUACAGCAGGAGAUUAUGGUGUUGUCGCAAUGCGACAGCCCGUACGUCACCAAGUAUUAUGGGUCUUACCUCAAAGGUACGAAGCUGUGGAUCAUCAUGGAAUACCUGGGUGGCGGCUCGGCCCUGGACUUGAUGAAGGCCGGUAGCUUUGAGGAGAUGCACAUUGCCGUGAUAUUACGCGAAGUGCUCAAAGGGCUGGAUUAUCUGCACAGCGAGCGUAAACUGCAUCGCGACAUUAAAGCGGCAAAUGUGUUACUGAGCGAAAUGGGCGACGUCAAGUUGGCCGAUUUCGGCGUAGCCGGCCAGUUGACAAACACCACCAGCAAACGAAACACUUUCGUCGGCACGCCAUUCUGGAUGGCACCCGAGGUUAUCAAACAGUCCGCUUACGAUUCCAAGGCUGACAUUUGGUCUCUGGGCAUCACGGCGAUUGAGCUCGCGAAAGGAGAACCUCCCAACAGCGAGCUGCAUCCCAUGAGGGUCCUCUUCCUAAUACCCAAGAACAAUCCGCCGCAACUGACAGGGAAUUAUACGAAACAGUUCAAGGAAUUUGUCGAAGCCUGCCUCAAUAAGGAUCCUGAAAACAGGCCGACAGCAAAGGAGCUGCUAAAAUUCCAGUUUAUCAGAAAGGCAAAGAAGAACUCGUAUCUAAUCGACCUGAUCGAUAGGUACAAAAAGUGGAAAUCGCAGCGCAGCGAAGAGUCGGAGACCGAGAGUGAGAAUUCGGACUCGGAGGAAUCCAAGCAAGACAGCGACAUGGACGAGCCGUGGAUAAUGACGGUGAAAGGCCCGCACGGGGUCAAAGGAUCCGUGAUGCCUAUGUUGCCACUGGACGAGCAGCCCGCAUCCCUGACCCUAACGCACACGAAUCACAGGUCCUCCAAUCACAGCCAACCGAGCAAACCGCAUGCCAACGGUGCUUCGCGAUCACCGCCGAAGGACACUAUGCUUAAUCAUUACAGAAGCGAGUCCAGAGACUCGUUGCGCGAUGGUCAAGCGAAACAUACGCCGUCCCGACCACACGAAGCUGCACCUCCACCACCGGUGGAUACGAGAGAGAAACGAGACGAGCGGGACUAUCGUGAUUUGAGCCGAGAAUCUACGCUCAGAGAGUCGAAGGAGAUGCGCGACGGUCGCGAGAGAGAUCGAGAAGGUGUAAGGGAGCGAGAACGAGAUAGGGAAGGCAGAGAUCGAGAUAGAGCCAGCAGAGACUUUAACACGCGGGAGAAGAGGAGAAACAGUAAGCCGGAAGUACCCAUCACUUCGAUGGCUGAUCACAGACCCGGCGAGGAUAAACAGAGGCCCAGAAGUUCGCAGGAACUCAAACAUCCGCGAAGCGUCGCUCUGUCCGGCGUUGUCAUGCCUCUGCUUUCCGAGCUUCAACGAAAGCACCAAUAUUCGGCGAGAGACAAUAAUGGCGAAGGUGGUAGCGGUAGCAAGAAUGGCGGUGUUAUUGAAGAAUUGCGGGGCGCUUUUGAAUCGGCAGAACGCACGUCGCCAGGCAUGACGGAGUCUCUUAUCCGCGAACUCAUUAAGUCCCUACUUCCGCCCAAUCACUCGGAAGGACGCCUAUCUAUGCUAAUGGAGAAAGUUAUUCUGAGGGAUACGUAGGGACGCGAGAGGACAAAGGUCCGCAAGAGACUGUGGUCCCAGAAUAUACUGACGUUGUAAAGCCAUUCGUUAUUUUUCUCGAUUAUCAAUUUGCUAAUCAAUACGAGCCGAACACGUUGUCGUUGAAUAGCAAUGACUCCGUGACGAAUGCGCGAACGCGAAGAUGCGAGGGAAAUUCGUUAUGCCUAUCCUCCCCAACAUCUUUCC